AUGUCUACAACAGAACUAUACGGAGGAGCAAUUACAAUUAACAAACUUCCAUCGUCAUUCAUCGAUGUAUCUCAAAUUAGACAAGUUCCUGACUCACAAGAAGUGUUUAUAAAUGAAAUCGAUAGUACUAAUCCCACUUUAUCAUCAUUGCUUACUUUUGACCAAGCGUUGAUUUUCGAUCUUUUAGAACGAGUCGAUGGCAAUGAUUAUGAAUCUGCCAUUGAACAGCAUUUACAAGAUUUUGCUCCUCAUGGUGUACAUAAUAACCCAUUACAGGAAGUACAACUCGGUGGUAGCAAUGAGAUACUCUACUUCAGCUAUGUCACAUUCAAACCAGAGUAUAAACGUAAGGAGACCAAUCAAGCUGAACAGAUUAUCAUUUUAGUUUGUCUUUUGAGAUUGGAAAAGGUUGGCACUGAUGUUCUAAUUCAGUAUAACUUGCCGUUGAAACAUGAGCAUCUGGGCUCUAUAAAGUUUGCUGGUGGAGAUAGUGACAUUGAUAAAUGCGCAAGUGAGAGAUUCGAAUGGUUUAAAGAUCUAUGCUCUAGUUUCAAAGUGGUUGAUUGGAGUCUAUUUCAGUAG